CAUCUUCCCUCCGCGCUCCUCGCACUCGUUCUCUUCCUGAGCACUUCUCUGCUCGUCCCAUUCCUCACGCGUUCCGCACACACUCUCGGCAAUCCGCCAUGUCCACGAGCAACCCGUCCUCGCCGGCAGCCGCCUCGUCUGCGCACCCCAGGCCGACGCAGACCAAGAUCUUCGUGCAUGCCUCGUCGCCGCAGAACCCAGUCGACAUUGCGGGCAUCAUCGCGCAGCACGAGGUGUUCGCGCCGCUGCCGCCCAGCAAUGACCCCAGCUACGCCACGCUCAAGGCGGCCCUGCCACGCCGCCCCGUCGCGCUGAUCCUCCACGGCGUGCUGGCCCACAAGGACCAGAUCUACCACAAGAAGCUCGUCGAUGCGUUGCCGAUCGACAGCUUCCGCUUUGACUUCCGCGCGAAUCACGAGACGCCGGGCAGCUGGGGCAUGGCCAAGUUUGGCGACGACGUCGACGAUCUGCGAGCGGUCAUUAUGUUCCUGCGCGAGCGCUACAACUACUCCAUCGAGCUCAUCGUCGGCCACUCUCGCGGCUCCAUAGUCGGCUGGGCGUACUACGCGCGUUUUGCCGAGGCGAUGCGGGUCGAUCCCGAGGAGGACAUUCCGCUCUGGGCCAGUGUGGCAGGGCGCUGGCGCAUGGCGGGCAUCCACAAGCGUGAUGCCGAGUUCAACGCCGGCUUUGCAAAGGAAGGAGUGUACCGCUGGAAGGUGCGAGUGGCGGGACAGGAUCGAGAGGUGAUUGUGCGCCCUGAGGACGUAGAGGCAUUCGCAAAGUUCCCGAUGGAGCAGACGGUGCGCAACUUCCCGGCCGACACAGACUGCCUCAUUCUGCACGGCACCGCAGACAAGACCGUGCCGACGUGCGAUGCUGCGGGCUACGUCAAUACGCUGACCGGGCCGGGGCGGAGACCCGGCUCGUGCCAACUAUGUCUCAUCGAGGACGCCGACCACAAUCUGCGCGGCAAGUUCGACGAGGUCGUCGAGGCCAUCGUCUCGUGGCGGCAAAGCAGGCUAGCAGCUCGUGCUGCGCCAGAAGAGGCGGCACAGCGUGCCGGUCUGCCAGCUGCGGCUGCGGCGCCGUCGACCGGCGAGGCUAUGGAGCGGACAUGGCGGCAAAGCACCGACAGCAAGGUCCGUCUGUGAAGGACACACGUCCCCUUCACCCCAGCUCUCCGUUCUCUGUGCCUCCCGCGGCGCCACGCAUGCAUGGAUGGAAUUAGACGGUAGCCAGUGAUGUGUGUGUGUGGUUGUGGGUGACGCGUGACGAUGAGGACGGAUCUGGCCGCUGCUGGGCGUGGCAGUCUUGUCGGGCUCUUUUGCUUCUCUUCUGCUGCCCUACGGGGGCCUUCCAUUCUCCGCUCUCUCUCCAUUU